CGCGUCCACCCCCCCAAUCCACGACCAACUCUCUCUCGACUCGUCAACUUUCCCCCGUUCGACAAACCACCGCCAACAUGUCUCACGAGUCUGUCUGGAACUCUCGCCCCCGCUCGUACGGCAAGGGCUCGCGCUCUUGCCGUGUCUGCAAGCACUCGGCUGGUCUCAUCCGCAAGUACGACCUCAACCUGUGCCGUCAGUGCUUCCGUGAGAAGGCCAAGGACAUCGGCUUCAACAAGUUCCGCUAAAUGUUCACGACCCUGGACGAGAGAAUGUUACGCAACUAAACGGGGGAUCUUGGCACCGAGAUGGCCUGGUGGAAAACCGCUCAGAGGAGGGUAGAGGAGGAGGCUUCCCCUCGACCCAUGCGGGCACGGAGUUUGCGGUCUCAGCUUUACAUGGAAGUGCGGACGGAAGGGCAUUCUGCCGAACAUUCUCUGAGGAUAGACGAAUACUACGGCAUCUGAAGACAG